GUGGGAGGGGGGUAGAUAGCAAUUACUGAUAUUGCCUUCCGCCGCAGCAUUAUACAAGGUUGGAUUCAUUUUCGUUUCUUUUAUUUGGUUUACUGAGUUCUUUGCUUUCUCUGGUUGAAACAUUAUAUAGAUUUAUCUGAACACCACACAGAUCUUUGCCUUUGAUCAAAAGAAAGGAAUUUGUAAAGAAAAGCAAACAUGAAUAAAACCAUCUUUUUACUAUUUAAGAUCUUCUUGCCAUGACUCUUUUUUCCAACACAAACAAGACUAAUUGAAAAUGAUACAAGGACAGCCCGAUGCAAUAGACCCCUGUGGUCCGGCCCUCUUCCCCCGACCCUACGGAUAGCUCUCUGGGACAUUGGAGAAACUGGUAAAGUUGUUGUCAUGUGACCAGGAAGUCACGGGUUCAAGCCUUGAAACAGCCUCUGGCAGAACUGCAAGGUAAGGUUGCAUACAAUAGACCCAUGUGGUCUGUCCCUCUUCCCCGGACCCUACGCAUAGCUACGAUGCUUUACACUGCAAUCUUUUCUUUUGGAGAAAUGACAUUCUCUUUGGUGCUUAAGAAGCAACCUAUGAUGAUAUUCUCUUGUUUUUCUCUUUUUUUGGUUCCUUUCUUAACUUGUAAAGUCGAGUAUGUUGCAGCUGCCUAUAGAUAAUAUCGCCAUUAUUAUUUCGUUAAGUUUUGCUCAUUUGAGUUGGUUACAAGAUUUUCUUUGUUCUGUAGUCAUGUUUUGUUCGUUUCUUAAGUAAUCGACUACUCUACUUGCUUGUUUUUAUGAGAAAAGAAUCAUAAGAUGAAGUGAAUCUUAAGAGAUCCAAGUAUUACUUUGUCUUGGGAGGUUUAAUAAGUUCUUAGAACUGUUUAUGCUCAUGAUAUUUUUUCACUUUUGACACGAAAGCGAAAUACGGAAACAUAAAAAUCCCUUUCUUGUGAUCAAGGCAAACACCAGAUCCCUUUCUUCUUUAAAAUUCAUUAAGAAUCUAAUUAGUUUUUCCUAUAUAUUCAUUAAGAGAAAGCGAAGGACUCACAGGAUUGUCAUUGAGAGAUCUUGGAUAAAACUCCAAAUCCAAAAUGGAUCCGACCUUGUAUAAAGCUGCGAUGAGAGGCAAUAUCGGAGAUGCCUAUUUUAUACUUGCUGAUCAUUUGAAAAGGGAUGAAGAAAACGGUUACCAAGUCACUCCAAAGGGUAACACGGUCCUCCAUGUUGCAGCCCUCUAUGGCCACUCCUAUUUCGUGGGAGAAGCCCUUAAGAUUACUCCAGCAUUGUUAUGCUGUCAAAACAAGAAAAAUGAAACCGGUCUUCACAUAGCAGCUAACGAAGGGCACACUGAAGUAGUACGUGUGCUACUUGCAUGUGUCGAAGAUCAUAAUACUAAGGAGAAACUCACGAGGAUGACAGAUGCUAGUGGAGAUACAGCGCUGCACAAGGCCGUGCGGAGUCAACAUCUAGAUGUAGUUAAGCUCUUGGUGAAAGAAGAUUCUGAAUUUGAAUUUCCGCCUAACCAUGCGCAGGAUACGCUACUCUAUCUGGCGGCUGAAUCUGGUUUUCAUGAUGCUUUGACUAACAUCUUGGAAUGCUGCAAGAAACCAACUUACACUGCAGAUUGCAUUAGAUCACUCUGGCAAUGGAAUAAGUCUUUAUGCGAGGAACCUGACUUAUGGGGUUGGAAUUCACUGCACUAUGCUGUUAAAUUAGGAUUGGAAGACGUAGUUUCUGAUAUGCUGCGGUGGAAACAAUCCUUAGUGUACCUUCCGACAGGCAGUGAAAAUGACUGGACGACAACAAUUCACAUUGCAGCCAGUGAAGGUGACGUAAACAUGAUAUAUAAGCUAUUAAAUCACCGCCUUGAUUGUUGGGAUAUGCUUGACAGCAACAGUCAAAAUGCUCUUCAUGUUUCCGUAUUGAACAAUCAAGACGAGGUAGUUCGCUUCUUAUUAGACUCUGAUAAGUGCGACAGCCUUGUUGAUGAGCCAGAUAGCGACGGCAACACUCCUCUCCAUUUGCUUUCUGCCUCUGGUAACCAUGUGCCUGAAUUAAUAAACCAUCCUAGAGCAAAGAAGAUGUCAUUUAACAAAGAAAAUCAAACCCCACUUGAUAUAGCAUUGUGAUGCACAGUGACAACAAAGAAGGAGAAAUUGAUGGAGGAUUUGUGUAGCAUUGGCCGAUUUGGAAAACGUGACUUUGAGGUAAAGCGGAAGUACGAGUACAUGCCCAAUCCAAAUGCUGAAACAGGAACAGGAGGCAAAAUGCAACUGAGAGAUGAUGAUCACGAUAAAGCUGAAAAGGCAGAUCAAACAGUAAUCGAAAGUAUUAUGAAGAUA